CGGGCGGCGCGGAGCAUCCCGCAGCGCGCAGCAUCCCGCGGCGCGGAGCAUCGCACCCCGCGGAGCGUCAGCACGGAAACUGAACAUCCAGAACCAUGACCACUCACGUCACGCUAGAGGAUGCCUUGUCCAACGUGGACUUACUGGAGGAGCUACCUCUUCCAGACCAGCAGCCAUGCAUCGAACCGCCUCCGUCCUCUAUCAUGUACCAGGCUAAUUUUGACACCAACUUUGAAGACAGAAAUGCCUUUGUGACCGGCAUUGCCAGGUACAUCGAGCAGGCGACGGUGCACUCCAGCAUGAAUGAAAUGCUGGAAGAAGGCCAUGAGUAUGCAGUGAUGCUGUACACAUGGAGGAGCUGCUCACGAGCCAUCCCCCAGGUGAAAUGUAAUGAACAGCCAAACCGAGUGGAGAUUUAUGAGAAGACAGUGGAAGUCCUGGAGCCAGAAGUCACCAAGCUGAUGAAGUUCAUGUAUUUUCAGCGCAAGGCUAUCGAGCGGUUCUGCAGCGAGGUGAAGCGCUUGUGCCAUGCUGAGCGCAGGAAGGACUUUGUCUCUGAGGCCUACCUCCUCACACUGGGCAAGUUCAUUAACAUGUUUGCUGUCCUGGAUGAGCUGAAGAACAUGAAGUGCAGCGUCAAAAAUGACCAUUCCGCCUACAAAAGAGCUGCCCAGUUUCUGCGGAAGAUGGCAGACCCCCAGUCCAUCCAGGAGUCCCAGAACCUCUCCAUGUUCCUGGCAAACCACAACCGCAUCACACAGUGUCUGCACCAACAACUGGAAGUUAUCCCUGGCUAUGAGGAGCUCCUGGCAGAUAUUGUCAACAUCUGUGUGGAUUACUAUGAAAACAAGAUGUAUCUCACUCCCAGUGAGAAACAUAUGCUCUUAAAGGUGAUGGGGUUUGGCCUGUAUCUCAUGGAUGGGAAUGUCAGCAACAUUUACAAGUUGGACGCCAAGAAGAGAAUCAACCUCAGCAAAAUAGACAAAUUCUUCAAGCAGCUGCAGGUGGUCCCUUUAUUCGGCGAUAUGCAGAUAGAACUGGCCAGAUACAUUAAGACCAGUGCUCACUAUGAGGAGAACAAAUCCAAGUGGACGUGCACUCAGAGCAGCAUAAGCCCCCAGUACAACAUCUGUGAGCAGAUGGUCCAGAUACGAGACGACCACAUCCGCUUCAUCUCGGAGCUCGCUCGCUACAGCAACAGCGAGGUGGUCACUGGCUCAGGACUAGACAGCCAGAAGUCAGAUGAAGAGUACAGGGAGCUUUUUGAUCUGGCUUUACGAGGACUGCAGCUGCUGUCCAAGUGGAGUGCCCACGUCAUGGAAGUGUACUCUUGGAAGCUGGUUCAUCCCACAGAUAAAUUCUGUAACAAGGAUUGCCCAGGAACAGCAGAAGAGUAUGAGAGAGCCACCCGUUACAACUACACCAGUGAAGAGAAGUUUGCCUUUGUGGAGGUAAUUGCCAUGAUCAAAGGCCUGCAAGUGCUGAUGGGCCGCAUGGAGAGUGUCUUUAACCAAGCCAUCCGCAACACCAUCUACGCCGCCCUGCAGGACUUUGCCCAGGUGACCCUGCGAGAGCCGCUCAGGCAGGCGGUCAGGAAGAAGAAGAACGUUCUCAUCAGUGUCCUCCAGGCAAUCCGGAAGACAAUCUGUGACUGGGAGGGAGGUCGAGAGCCUCCAAAUGAUCCUUGCCUGAGAGGUGAGAAGGAUCCUAAAGGUGGAUUUGAUAUUAAAGUCCCACGGCGAGCAGUAGGACCAUCAAGUACACAGCUUUACAUGGUGAGGACCAUGCUGGAGUCCCUCAUAGCAGACAAGAGUGGAUCAAAGAAGACUCUGAGGAGCAGCUUGGAUGGGCCAAUAGUCUUGGCCAUUGAAGAGUUCCACAAGCAGUCCUUCUUCUUCACCCACCUGCUCAACAUCAGUGAAGCUCUGCAGCAGUGCUGUGACCUCUCUCAGCUCUGGUUCCGGGAGUUCUUCCUGGAGCUGACCAUGGGCCGCCGCAUCCAGUUCCCCAUCGAAAUGUCCAUGCCCUGGAUCCUCACAGACCAUAUUCUGGAAACCAAAGAACCCUCCAUGAUGGAGUAUGUACUGUACCCCUUGGACCUCUAUAAUGACAGCGCGUACUAUGCCUUGACCAAGUUCAAAAAGCAGUUCCUAUAUGAUGAAAUUGAAGCUGAAGUGAAUUUGUGCUUUGACCAAUUUGUGUACAAGCUGGCAGAUCAGAUCUUUGCCUAUUAUAAAGCAAUGGCUGGCAGUGUUUUAUUGGACAAACGUUUCCGGGCUGAAUGUAAGAAUUACGGCGUGAUUAUUCCGUACCCACCAUCGAACCGCUACGAGACCCUGCUCAAGCAGAGGCACGUCCAGUUGCUGGGUCGAUCCAUCGACCUGAACAGGCUCAUUACCCAGCGUAUAUCAGCAGCGAUGUACAAAUCAUUAGAUCAGGCCAUUAGCCGCUUUGAGAGUGAGGACCUGACAUCCAUAGUGGAGCUGGAGUGGCUGUUGGAAAUAAAUCGCCUGACUCACAGGUUGCUGUGCAAGCACAUGACCCUGGACAGCUUUGAUGCCAUGUUCCGGGAGGCCAACCACAACGUCUCCGCACCCUAUGGGCGCAUCACCCUCCACGUCUUCUGGGAGCUCAACUUCGACUUUCUGCCCAACUACUGCUACAAUGGAUCCACCAACAGGUUUGUGAGGACAGCUAUCCCCUUCACACAGGAACCCCAGCGGGACAAGCCAGCCAAUGUUCAGCCGUAUUACCUCUAUGGAUCCAAGCCACUCAACAUUGCCUACAGCCACAUCUACAGCUCCUACCGCAAUUUUGUGGGGCCACCUCAUUUCAAGACAAUCUGCAGGCUUCUGGGCUAUCAAGGCAUUGCAGUGGUCAUGGAGGAGCUGUUGAAGAUCGUCAAGAGCCUGCUACAAGGCACCAUCCUGCAGUAUGUGAAAACUUUGAUCGAAGUAAUGCCCAAGAUAUGCCGCUUGCCAAGACAUGAAUAUGGCUCUCCAGGAAUCCUGGAGUUUUUCCACCAUCAGCUGAAAGACAUCAUCGAGUAUGCAGAGCUGAAGACCGAUGUGUUCCAGAGCCUCAGAGAAGUGGGCAAUGCCAUUCUCUUCUGCCUCCUUAUCGAGCAGGCUUUGUCCCAGGAAGAAGUUUGUGAUUUGCUGCAUGCUGCUCCCUUCCAAAAUAUUUUGCCCAGGGUCUACAUCAAAGAAGGAGAACGCUUGGAGGUACGCAUGAAGCGUCUCGAAGCCAAGUAUGCCCCACUCCACCUGGUUCCCUUAAUAGAGAGGCUGGGCACUCCGCAGCAAAUAGCCAUCGCCCGGGAGGGUGACUUGCUGACCAAGGAGCGGUUGUGCUGCGGGCUGUCCAUGUUUGAGGUGAUCCUGACACGGAUUAGGAGCUACCUGCAGGACCCCAUCUGGCGCGGGCCUCCCCCGACCAACGGAGUCAUGCACGUGGACGAGUGCGUGGAGUUCCACCGCCUGUGGAGUGCCAUGCAGUUUGUGUACUGCAUCCCCGUGGGCACCAACGAGUUCACUGCAGAGCAGUGCUUUGGAGAUGGUCUGAACUGGGCAGGUUGCUCUAUCAUUGUUCUCCUUGGACAGCAACGGCGCUUCGACCUCUUUGACUUCUGCUACCAUCUGUUGAAGGUGCAGAGGCAGGAUGGGAAGGAUGAAAUCAUAAAAAAUGUGCCCUUGAAGAAGAUGGCUGACAGGAUCAGGAAGUAUCAGAUCCUGAACAACGAGAUUUUCGCCAUCCUGAACAAGUACAUGAAGUCGGUGGAAACAGACAGUUCCACGGUGGAGCACGUGCGCUGCUUCCAGCCCCCAAUCCACCAGUCACUGGCCACCACCUGCUAGUGUGGGCACUGACCCUGCACGGCUUGAGAAAAGAGAAGGGACUGAACCCAGAACAGCUGGGAGGAGCAAACACGACGGCGUUGAGAGCUGGCAGCAAAGUAAGACUGGGUAUGCCUACUACACAAGAGGACACAUCUUCCCGUGGGGCCCUGUUUGAGUGCAUGUUCCGUACCAUCCCUGUGAUUGGUUUUACUUGUAGCUUUCAGACUUGGGGGUGGGUGGGGGUGGGCGAGCGAAAUGUGCUUUUCUUC